AUGCUCAAGCAUCUUAAACGUGGGAUUACGACGGCUCAACGUCCUAUUGUCCAGCUAAGUAAGUUUGGCUUCCAGAAUCAUUAUUACAGCUCUAGUAUUUCACCUUUUAUUCUAAAAAAUACGAGAUCAUAUUCUAAUUACACCUACCAAAGAUUCAAUAACCAGCGUCAGAGAUCAUUUUACGACUAUUUGAAUGACCCCAAGUCAAGGAAAUCAUUGGCUUUGGUUUUAGGUGCAGCCUCUCUGUUCUACGUAACACAUCUGGAAGAAGCUCCAGUAAGUGGACGAAAAAGAUUCAUCUUCAUUCCACGUUCUCUAGAGAUGAAAAUUGGGAGUUAUUCAUACAAUUCAAUAAUUCAGGAAACUGCAAAUCAGAUUUUGCCUCAAAAUCAUCCAUUGACAAGGAAAAUUCAGUCCAUAUUUGCAAAAAUUGUAGAUGCUGCCUACAAAGAUCCAACUGUAGACAAAUAUGCCUUAGAAGGAAUAAAGUGGAAAAUUCAUGUUGUUAACGACCCAAGGGCACCUCCUAACGCCUUUGUUCUACCUGGAGGGAAAGUUUUUGUAUUCAGUAGUAUGCUUAAUAUUUGCCAGAAUGACGAUGGAAUUGCCACAGUUCUCUCUCAUGAAUUUGCUCAUCAAUUAGCUAGGCACACAUCAGAAAAUUUAUCUAAAGCUCCUGUCUAUUCUUUAAUUAGUCUACUGGUAUAUGCAUUAACAGGUAUACAAGGUAUUAACGAUUUUUUAACUGAUGGAUUACUAAGGAUGCCAGCUUCUAGGCAGAUGGAAACUGAAGCAGAUUACAUUGGCCUUAUGAUUAUGGCGAGAGCAUGUUUCAAUCCCGACGAGAGUGUUAAGUUAUGGGAGCGAAUGUCAGCUUUUGAACAAAAAAUAGCAAGAAUGAGUGGUCAACUAAAUUUUGAAUUUUUAAGUACUCAUCCUGCAAGCUUGAAGAGAAUCAAAAACAUGACUAAAUGGCUACCAGAAGCCAAUUCACUCUAUGAACAGUCUGACUGUGGGCAAUAUGGCAAGUUUUAUGAGAAUUUCCAGAAUGUCGUAUUCGGGCCAUCGUCCAGUGAGGAAUUAUACCUAUCCUCUUACAGGUAA